AGUUAUAAAAAUAUGCUCAUAGCGAACGGACCGAUAAACGCUGUGCCGUGAAACGCUUGUCUCGCGCCGUCGUUUUUGUGAAUUUUUUUUCUCUUCAUCUUUCUUUCUUCAACCGAAGAGUAAAGAUCAAUCAAGUUGUUUUAUAUUACACUGACUUUGUUGUUGUGCUUAGGCCCAUGUUUGGUUUAUUCAUCAUCAUACUGUAUGCACGUUGUGCUUUCUUCAAUGGAAAGAUCAUUCAGUUGAAUACUGUGCCACAAGUGAAUUAAGAUUUCGUUAUCGGGUCGCCACAAUAUCUCGGCAACGUCAUACGAGAUCAGUGCGGUGCAAAAUAAAAAAAAAACAGUUUCAUAAACGCUAAAUUUUUGGAAUUAUUGUGGUGAAAACGCCGUUCGUAAUCGUUGGUUUGCGUUAAAGUGCAGCUGAACUGUUGGCGGAUGCAAUAAAGGACUGUUUGAAAGCAAAACCUAAAAGAAAAACACAUUUUUCUUACGAGUGUAGGCUGCUAAUUGAAUUCAUUGACACGACGAAAAUAAGUAGCUGUGCCACACAAAAAGAGACUCAGUGUGUAUAGAAAAGAGACUUGUUUGGCUUAAGUCGUUAAAUAUUGCCGCAGUUUAUGGCCCGGAGUAAAGAAAAAUAAAGAGCCAACAAUAACAGAAAAAAACGUAAUAAUAUUUGCUGAAUACGAAAAUAAACACACAAUUUUAAGGUGCAGUCAUACGUAUAUAGAUAUAACGCAAAUGAGUUCACUUAUCGCAGAAUACGUCGAUUUUUGAUGUCAUACUCUCAAAUAAAGCACAAAACCCAUUCUCGCUCUGUUCAUCUCUAAUUUGCCUAUUCGCAUGAGAGAGAAGACGAAAGACCAUUUUUGGUAUUUGGCAUGUGUGAUAAUUUGAAAAACAUGUUUAUUCUUCUUCACGUUCACGCGCUACGAAUGCUUAAUAUGUCGAUUUUUUAAACAAAACGAAUAUUGAAUGCUAAAUAGUGUGACUUAGUGAUACAUUCUGAAAAAAAAAAGAGGAACAGAACUGCGCCAUUUCAAUAAAGCAACAGAAGAAGCUUGGUGAAAAGUGAACGAAACGUGGUGUUUUUUUUCGGCAGCUUUAUUUGCUCAUCAUUAUAAAUUCCAUUUUGAAUGUGAAUAUUUUCUAACGCCCAGGCCAUUUAAAAGACGGACGAUAAAUAAUAUACACAUAAUAUUAUACGUUGAAUGUGUGCGCAUUUAUGAUCGCGAAGGUGAACACUAAUGACAUUUAACGGUGAUCACACAGCCGAAAUUGAGUGAAGAUACAUGAACACAUUUUUUUUCGCUCGUUGAGUUGGCAGUGCAUUUUUAUAUGGGCAUUUGAUUCAUCGAUUUUUCGUGCGGCGGAAAGAAAAAAUAAACGAUUUUAAUUGAGUGGUACGGAGUUUAUUGAAAUCUUGUGCGCCAAUUAAGCAGCGUUAUAAUCUUCAGCUAUUAUAAUUGGCAUUUUUGCCACCAACUAUUUUCUAUCAUUGGGGUCACACCUUUUGGAUAAUUGCACACAAAUCACACAUUCAAUGAUCGUUUCGUGCAAAGCACCCAUUAUAUUAUCAUCGAUCAGAGUCAAAUCAAAUCAAUAGUCGUUUAGAGAUAACAACAAUAUAAUCCGAGAGAAUGAUGGAACCAGCAACAAUUUUCGUUUUAACCAUUCAACUUAUUGCACUGUUUUCCAUCGCCGGAGCCUUACUUUUGUAUUUGCUAUGUAAAGUACGUGGUGCACGUGAACUACCAAUCGGACCACAAGGCGGCUCAAUUUUGAUUACCAGCGCCGAUACCGCUUUGGGAUUGCAAUUAUGCACGCAUUUAGCUAGUCGUGGCUGUCGUGUGUUUGCUGGUAUGAAAGAUCCAGUCGAUUCAUUGCCGGCAAAACUGCUCCGAGGUUGGAUGAAAGCCAGAGAAAAUUCAAUUGCCCGCGUACACGGAUCAAUUGUACCGAUGCGCUUGGAUGUGACACGUGAAGAUGUAUUGAAAGAGGCCACCGAAGCGAUUGGCGCUCAUUUGAAUGCCAGCGAAAGAGGAAUAUCGGCAGUCAUCAAUACGGCUGGUUCAGUUGUACGCGGCCGCAUCGAGAGUCAAGAUUCAAUGCAUUGGGAAACAAUGUUCAAGACAAAUGUGCUGGGUUCAUUGCGUACAGCCAGAGCGUUCAUUGGAUUGUUGCGUCCAACCCACGGUCGCUUAAUCUAUUUUGGAGCUUGCAAUCCUGGUGAUGGACUCGUUGCAUUUACAGCAUCUCGCGUUGCUGUCGAAGGUUGUGUCGAUGCACUCCGUUCUGAACUUCAAACUUAUGGGAUCAACGUCAUCGCUUUGGAUUCACGCGGUGUUAUUGCUGAGUCAAUGUUUAAAGCGCCGAUUCCCUUCACACUGAACGGCGAUUCCAACGCACCAACCCAAUAUUCGGCCGAUGUUCUAACGCGCAGCGCAUUAGAAGUCAUUGAAAACGCUCUUUGGGAUCCGCGACCCGAGCCACGCUACACGCUGGCCGUACCCAACUCAAAGCUAUACGCACUCAAAAUGUCCUGUCGAAAUUCGUUCCGCAGUGCACGGAAAUUCAAUCCAUCGACCAUCCAAGUUUAGAAACCAACUCAUGCAAAUACAUUUAAUCAAAAUAAAGAGAACUUUUUUCAUUCCAUUUAUCUAGUAAUGCUCUGCAAUUUGUACAUACAACUUAACAUUCGAAUUAAAUGAGCAAUUUAGGCCAUAAAUCAUAUAGAAAUUAUUCAGAAGACCUAUUUAAACCAAUAAACGAAGGAAGAAAUUCGUUUAGAUUGUAAUUAAUCAUAACCUUAUUAAAAAUACUUUUUGUGUAUGAAAAAUAAAAAUUCAAAAACUCAGUCAAAUUUCUUAAAACAAGUGCUAUAAGUUUUUGUUCGGAAAGAUUUUUUUGGAUGGAGAAUUUCUUCUUCUCUUUAUAUGUGGAACAUUGUCAUCGCUUUCUAAAUUAAGAAAGAAUAUUGAAUAAAGCUUAUUUUUGUAAUUACUACUUUAAA